AUGGCUCGUAAUUCAGAAAAAGCAAUGACCGCCCUAGCUCGCUGGCGGCAAUUACAAUUGAAAGAGCAAGGAAAACUUCGUGUAGAUCGUCGUCCAGCUUUGGCGAGCGAAGAAACAAACGUGAAGAAAGCAGAACGGUGGCGAUAUCAAGUAGUUCGUGAAAUAGCACGCAAGGUAGCACAAAUUCAAAAUGCUGGUCUCGGUGAAUAUAAAAUUCGUGAUCUCAAUGAUGAGAUCAAUAAAUUACUAAGAGAAAAAUCCCAUUGGGAAGAUCGUGUCAAAGAACUUGGCGGACAAGAUUUCAAAAAGACAGCACCGAAAAUGCUUGACAAUGAGGGGAAAGAAGUACCCGGUAAUCGUGGAUAUAAAUACUUUGGUGCUGCAAAAGAUUUGCCUGGAGUACGGGAACUAUUCGAACAAGAAGCGCUUCAACAUCAGAAGAGGCCACGUGGUGAGUUACUGAAAAAUAUCGACGCAGAUUACUAUGGUUAUAUGGAUGAUGACGACGGAUUACUCGUUCCAACUGAAGAAAAAUGCGAGAAAGAAGCCAUUCGAAAGAAGAUUGAAGAAUGGAAAAAUAAGGAAACACAUGAGACUGAAAUGGAUGAAGUUUAUGUCUUACCUGAAAUGAAUUCCGAUGACGAAGAUAAUGUUGCUGGUCGAUCGUCUCGAACAGAUGUGGAUGUUACAUCAAAAGAUCAUCUGUUCAUUGCACAUGUGCCUGUUCCUAGUCAAAAAGAUAUCGAACGUGCUUUAUUGGAACGGAAAAAACAGGAACUACUUGCAAAAUAUGUAUCUGAUGAUUUAUUGAAAGAAGAACAAGAAUCGAAGGAUUUACUCGGAAAAUAA